AGAGAGGGGCAUUUCAGUCGGUCGCUGGUGAGCAUCCGUGCCACUUCGUGCUCCGCUCCCUGCAAAGAAGGAACUCGUUUAGACUUCUCACUCUUUUUGCAAAUCUACAAUUUCACGCGUUCCACCGUGUUUUCAUCUUAAUACUCUUCCAUAAUUGUGAAACUUUGUAACUGAUUUUUAAUAUCAAAUCCACCUGGUGAAAGUGUACUAUUAAUUCUUUAGAAAUAAAACUCACCAUAUUAAUAUUACAUAAAUUGUUGGUGAAAAAGAAGUUGAUAGUGAUGAGUUUAAGAUAAGUUACCAAACGGGUAAUUGAACAAUAAAUCAAUGUGUAUCGUGAAUCAGUGAUUUUGGUCUGUACUCAAAGGAGACUGAAGGUCUCUUGCGUGACACCUGUCUUCCGCCAGACGUCAAUCGACCUGUGAAUAACACGAACAUAUGCCUCGACGUUGUUCUAUUCUACUGGAAAGUUUAACGAUAAAGAACUUGAAGUUAAGAUGGCAUUAGCGUGUUGAUAAAAGUUGAAAGAUUUUUUAUUAUAGUGCAUUUAAAUUAAUAACAGAGCAUAAUAAUAUUUUUUAAAAAUAUUCUGUCCAAGAGCCAGGAUAUAAAAAUACAUCAGCUUCAAUUUUUCAACUCACUAUAAAUCAGCCAAGGGGCCAGUGCAGUGCUGUGUUGAAACAUCAUUUGUUCAUUCACAAGACACUUAAAUCUUGUCAAACUUUCAUUUUUAUAAAUAAUACAAGAGAAAAAGUACUGAUAGAAUAUACGUCUUUUUUUUCAUUUUUCAAACAAGUUUGUUACGAAACGUGACUUUGGGAAUCAAGUUCUUAUGUGUCCAAAGGUCUCAGUGAACACAAGAAAGAAUUAACCAAGUUGUGUAGUCAAUACGUAAGUGUGUCAGUGGGAUAACUUACAAUCGGUCUUACUCCGAAGGCUAUUAAAGACUAGAGCAUUUAUUAAUUGCUAUCAGAGGAUACAUUUUUAUAAUUUUUUUAUCAAUUAUUGUCCUCCAAUUGUUUUAACAAGUCGUCCAAUCACGUUUUGGUUGGAUUAAUCUGUACUCAAGGUAAAGUACUUCCAUCCACGUGUUAACACUUUCAUCACGUUCCCGUUUCAAGGCACGUGGUGACCAGCCUCAGCCGUUUCUUCGAAUGCUCAUGCGCGAUCACGGAUGUAGCUACAGUAAACACCUUAUUCGCUACUGAUAUUUUGCGUAUUGCUGACAUUGUGUCAAGACCAAGAAGACAUUGUCACCUUUUAAGAAGACCAAAGAUAUCAACAUUCAUAUCAAGGCAGCCAAAAUAUUGUGUAAAUUAAUACUAAUUAUCUUGCUUAAUCUUCAAUUUAACGGCAAUUUUCAACAAUUGCCUGACUGUCAUUUACUGCUGCGUCGCAGAUUUAUAUCAAGGAUAGACGUCUGGCCACGUGUAAAGUGGAAAGAAUGAAAAUGUCAAGGUCUUAGCAUUGAAUUCUUUUAAAUCAGUGAAAAAUUAUUUAGUGUGAAAUACCGAUUUGUCUUGGAAUUUUGAAAAAAAGAAGGAGUCGAAAUAAUUAUAUAGUAAAAAUGAAGAAUCCAGAGCAUGAAAGUGGAUACUUUGAAGACGGGAGUGAUGUGGAGAUCAUCUAUGAAGAAACAACCAUUGGUGAUGAUGAUAAUAGAAAAUGUGGAUCUGGUUCUUAUGGAUUAUCGAAAGCAAUACGACAGCUUGACGUUACCGAUUCACCUUUAUCACCAGAAGUUCCAACUUCAGUAGAGGAAUUUGAAAUUGCUGUUAGGGAGAGUGAAGUCAAUUUAGCAGACGGUGGGGGCCAGAGGGUCGAUAUGACGCACUUUGACUUACUCAAAGUCCUCGGAACAGGAGCAUAUGGAAAAGUCUUCCUGGUACGUAAGAGAACUGGUGCAGAUGCUGGUCGUUUGUACGCAAUGAAAGUCCUGAAAAAAGCAUCAAUUGUUCAAAAGAAGAAAACUACUGAACACACUAAAACAGAAAGACAAGUAUUAGAAGCUGUCAGAGAUAGUCCGUUUUUAGUAACUCUUCAUUAUGCAUUUCAAACAGAUGCCAAGCUUCACUUGAUAUUAGAUUAUGUAAGCGGUGGAGAACUGUUUACUCAUUUGUAUCAACGUGAACAUUUUAAUGAAGAUGAAGUGCGAAUAUAUAUCGGAGAAAUUAUUUUAGCACUCGAACAUCUCCACAAGCUGGGGAUCAUUUACCGAGAUAUAAAAUUAGAGAAUAUUCUUUUGGAUCGAGAAGGGCACAUUGUACUUACUGACUUUGGACUCAGUAAGGAAUUUUUACCACAUGAGAGAGACAACAAUGCUCGUGCCUAUUCCUUUUGCGGGACCAUCGAGUACAUGGCACCGGAAGUUGUGCGAGGUGGUUCAGCUGGUCACGAUAUUGCUGUUGACUGGUGGAGCGUUGGCGUAUUAACCUACGAAUUGCUGACUGGAGCAUCACCUUUUACGGUUGAAGGUGAGAAAAACACACAACAAGAAAUAUCUCGGAGAAUAUUGAAGACAGAGCCACCAAUUCCAAAUCAUCUUAGUUCUUCAGUUCGUAGUUUUAUUUCCAAACUACUGAUCAAAGACCCACGUCAACGGCUUGGUGGUGGACCCCGUGAUGCUAAGGAACUUAAAGAGCAUCAUUUCUUUAAGAAAGCUUAUCCAGCAUUCAGUUGGGAAGCAUUAGAAAAAAGACAAGUUCCACCACCUUUUGUGCCUAGAAUUGCUCAUGAAUUAGAUACCAGCAAUUUUUCAGAUGAAUUCACUAAAAUGGUUGCUGCUGACAGUCCAGCUGUUGUCCCUCCUAAUUAUGACAAAAUUUUCCGAGGUUACUCAUAUGUAGCACCAAGCGUUCUUUUUGGAGACAAUUUAAUAAGUGAAGAAAUCUUUAAAGAAGCUACCACACCCACACAAGAGCCAAAUCGUCCAUCUACUUGUGAUGUUUUAGCUUCAAGGUUUGAGGAAUCUUCGUUCUUCCAAGUUUACGAAUUAGAUACACGAGAAGAGGCUUUAGGUGAUGGAAGCUUUUCAGUAUGUCGUCGAUGUCGACAUCGACAAACUCAACAAGAAUAUGCUGUAAAAAUUGUAAGCAGAAGAGUUGAUUGCAGUCGUGAAACAAAUCUUCUUCGUGCUUGCCAGGGUCAUCCAAAUAUUGUUAAAUUGAUUGAUGUCUAUCAAGAUCGAGCACACACAUAUAUUGUGAUGGAAUUGUUAUCGGGAGGUGAAUUGUUAAAAUCAGCACGUAAUUACACCGAAGAUGAAGCUAGAAAAAUCAUGAGACAAUUGGCUUCAGCAGUACAAUUUAUGCAUAUGCGUGGAGUUGUACAUCGAGAUUUAAAGCCAGAAAAUUUAGUAUAUGCCAAUGCCAGUGAGAAUUCGCCAGUCAAAAUCGUUGAUUUUGGAUUUGCAAGACUGAAAAGAGCAUGUGAGCCUCUUCAUACUCCAUGUUUUACGCUUCCUUAUGCAGCUCCAGAAAUUUUAGCUCGUCAGGGCUAUGAUGAAAGCUGUGAUUUGUGGAGUCUAGGUGCGAUUUUGUAUUCUCUAUUAUCAGGUAAACCGCCAUUUAGAAUAGGAUCUCCAGAUUUAGCAACAAGAAUAAGAGCUGGAGAAAUAAAUUUUGAUAAUGAAGAAUGGAGUCAUAUAAGUCCUGAUGGAUUAUCUGUUGCUAGAGGAUUAUUAAAUACUGAUCCAGAUAAUAGGCUUAAUGCGAAUGAUCUUGUGCAUCAUUUUUGGCUGACUGGUACAUCUGUAGUUGUUGAAAAUAUUAAAGUUGCAUCAACCUCGGGACCAAGUGAAAAGCCCAGUACUUUUAGAUUGAAAGAAGUAGAUGGUGCUAAACUUGCUCAACGUCGUAAACUUCACAAACGAUCUACAUCAAGUUCAGUAUCAUCGUCAGCAUCUACAACAUCAUCAAGUCCAUCGUCAAUGCAACUGUUAAGACCUCCAAGUGCUACAACUAGCAUAAUCACAUCAGCAUCUCCAGCUCAACCAAAUGCUUUUGAUUUUAGUGAAGAUCGUGUUCAUGAAUAUUUAAGUUCUCUAUCAUCAUCUUCUGAUUCAAGCUCUCCACGUAUUAUUGCUGAAGUGUAUCGAAGUAGAAGCCGAAUAAGCGACUCAUUAGAACCACCAAAAUCUAAACGACGAAAGAGGGGGAUGGAUACUGAAGUAGAAGAACACAGUAGUGAAGGAAGUAAUGGGCCUAUUACAAGGUCGCGGAAAAGAAAACUCGAACAAGCUAGCGGUUCUGACACUUCCUUUGAGUCUUCAGACUCACGAGAAAAACACGAGUUCAAUGUUCAUCGAAAACAUAAGACAGGAAAACGACCUGCACGUCAUUAAGCCAUGAGCAAUGAAUAGUUCCUAUGUAAUUAUUAAUUGAAUAAUUAGCUCAUCAAUUCAUUCAAUUUUCUUUUGCUUUGCAUUUUUGCUCUUAUUGGUUUUAUAGUCCUUAUGGUUUUAUACCUAUCAUGACUUGAAAAUCAUCAUUCCUAAAUGAUAUGAUACAGUAAAAGUAUAUGAAUAAUGAAAAUAAACAUGAAUCAUGAAUAUUUGCUACUGUGUUGCGAUUAAAAUAGUAGUAAUAAUGGUUUAAUAAUGUUGAUCGAACUGAAUUUAUAGAUUAAUGAGAAAGUUUAUAUUUCAAUUAGAGAAAGUAAAUUUUACAAUUUUUGCAAUCAAUUUAUAUGUUAACUGAAAAUAAUUGUUAAUUAAUUAUUCUCGAAAUCAAUGACAAUUUUGUAUAUUUUAAAUUUUGUUAAUGUGUUAUUUAUGGUAGAGUUUGGCGAAAUUAACUUUAUAGUUGAAAAAUUUUGUUGCUUUUGUGCAAUUUAGUGAAGUUUAAAUAAUAAUUGCAACCAUUUGUGAUCAUGAAAGAAAGCCUUGAUAAGAUUAUGUAAAUAAAUCAUUGGAAUUGGCCUUUUCUUAUGCAACUUGAAUAUUUUAUUUAGAAGCUAAAAGUAUCAUUGAUAAUGAAUUAAUGAAUGAUUAAUAAACAUGAAAUAAAUAGCAUAUUUUUUUGAAUGAUAAAGUUUGACACGAAAAAUAAAUUUUUUGAAAUGACCAAAAAUAUAUAAAACAAAUGCCUUUGAAAGUGAUCAUUAACUGUUUUACCUGAUGUAUGGUAAUUAUUGUGAAAGAAAAGAUAAAUAAAAGAAAUAAGAAAUUCUAUUAAGUGGUAAAGACUGAAAAGGUUGUUUAUGCCAGCUCAGGGAACAGAAAUGUUUACGAAAAGAAGUCUUAAGAAUUUAUUGUCGACAUGAAAGAAAAAGUAAAUAAUCGAGUAUAAGAAUAAAUAAGGAAAAUUAUAAUUGUAAAGUAAAUAUAAAAUAAAAGUAAUUUAAAUAGAAAAGGAAAAAAUGAACAGCGCAAGGAAAGUUGAACGCACAUCUCUACCAAAGACGACUGAAGUAACACUGCGUUGUAAGACCAAAAACCCAUAAAUAAUAAUUGUAAUAUUAAAAAAAAAAUUUAAUGUAAUGAUUACUGUAUCUUGAUUGUCAUUUGAUUAAUUGAAAUUGAAAGAUAACUAGUGUAUAUAAUUUAUGCAUAACUAGGAGAGAAAUAUAUAUUGAAAAAUGUUAUAAAAAAGGAGGAAAUCAUAUAUAUAUAUAUAUAUAUAUAUGAAUAUAUAUUUAAUAUUAGACUUAUGAGGAAUAUUCUUUAACUGAAAGAUAUAUAUUUUUUGUCUAGAAUCAUAAAAGUCAUUAAUCUAUUUAAUUAUUAUCUUUAAGACAAUAGUAAUAAUUUUGGUUUUCUUUUCUUUUUCGUGAUUGAAUUAUUACAAUUUACAAUAAACAUUAUGAUAACAAAUAACAUUGAUAAUCAUGUUCUUAUUCGAUGGAAUCUUGCAAAUUUAUUCAUACUAAUA